UGGUCCUUAUAGUUCUGUUCAUUUUCAUUGCAUGGCUUAUAGUAUUCUUUUUUUUCAGGGGAAACAUUCCGCAUAAAAAGCAACGAUGUCCUAAAUAAUGUGAACGCAUACACGUGUUCUAAUGGAGACGGAAUGGUAACAGAGUGCUGUGCAUCUUUGUUAAAUGCACAAAGACACUGCAAACUUAAGCACACCUUUAAUUUGGAUCUACCAGAAAUACAUCCACAGACACUCAAUAGUUUUGCUCAACGCAGUUACACAAAUUCUUCACGAUGGGGAAUCAUUCAAGAUGAAAAUGAAUUUCUACAUGAAAGUGAAGAUCUGAGUGUUCGUUGUCUGCUUUUGGGUGAAAAUGGAAAACUUUGGACAGACAACUGUAAUGAACGCCACAGAACACUUUGUAUACGAGACACUACUCAUGCAGUUUUUCAGUAUGUAGGACAAUCAAAAAUACCACGCUACACAGAAUCGACAACGAAGCGACAAACAUCAGAUUUGAUCAGCAACACAGAAUUCACGACAGUUACUGUCAGUAUUGGCGAGGACACUGUACCAGCAAAACCAGAUGUGGCAAGUACAGGCGUAUCCAUAGCAGUCGUUAUUAUAGUGUGCAUUUCUGCAGUAGUGCUGAUCAUUCUCGCUGUUGUGUUGGUCAUCUUGAUCAUGAAAAAGCGAAGCAUGAUUCAAGAGACACAUCACAGAAGAGUUAAAUACGUCGCUGAACAAACCAAUGACAUUACACCCACAAAUAAUAAAGCAGGAGAUGCUUAUGAGUCAGUAGAUGAAAGACAGGAUAAAGAACACAGCUCCGGAUCACCAAAUACAAAAGGGAGCGCUUAUAAGUCACUGGUUGAAAGACACAAUGUGGAACAUAGCUAUAGAACUCUAAAUACACAGAGGAGUCGUUUUGAAUUACUGGAUGGAACACCAAAUACACAAAGGAUGCUUAUGAGUCACUGGAUGAAAGACAAAAUGAGAAACACGGCUUUGGAACACCGGCCCUUACAACACGUGGAUUCUAUCAGCCAUUAGAAAAAGACACACACAACUACGAAAAUAGCUAAUUAUUCCAGGAAAUUAGAGUAUGACUCACUAGGGGAAAAACAACAGGAACAAAUCCUAGCCAAACAAUUAUAGCUGAAGCUUAUGAAGCUAAUGAAUGGGUAGAGUAAACCUUCAAAGAAGCUUGCGUUUAUGAAACGCUUCAUGUACGAAAAUCAAAUAAAGCUUUGUUAAUGACUAACAUGCGAAGGAAGAACGAACAUAUGAAAACAAUGACUUAGAAAUAGACAUACAAAUAGUAAUUAUGAUAGUUCCAAAGUUACGCAAUUUCAAAUGGGUUAUUAUUUCUAUAAUGCCAGCAUCAUUUAAAGUUAGAUUAUAAACAAGUAAAAUUCAAAAG